GAUUAUUUUGUUCGUCUCUCUUGACUCGUUUCGUUAAACUAACUAUAGUAAUUGGAUAUAAAUUGAGAAAAAAAAAAACAAAUGAAUUAUAUCUCUAAGUCUUUAUUAUAUAUUAUUCUUAAUAUAUAAAAUAUUAUUCUAUGAAUUGUUCAAAUGUCGUUGAAGCAAUGAAUCGGAAAUUUGAAUUAUCAUCUUUAAGUGACUUCAUUCGUGAUACCUUGAUAUUCACAGAAGCAGUAAAAGAUACAUUACAAUUUGAAUGCGCCGAAGCAAGAUUUUCUUUAAAACCUUGGAUAACAAAAACUUUUGUUACAAAAGAAGUUAAUAAGAAUGAUUGUAUUUGCGAUAAGAUGUCAUUUGGAAGUCAAGAGGAAGAUAUUUCUGAAGGGAUAAGCAGAACAAUAUUGCAAGCACAAAAAUUAAGAGAAAAACUUUCGUCUAAUGUUUCGAAGCAAGAAAAACACUCGAAGCAAAAGGAUUUAGAUAAGACAAAUGUACAAAAAGUAUGCUAUGAAUCAGCAAAGCAUGAUAUUGUAAAAUCUCAUGUAGAAAUGGAUAUAAAAUCAAUUGAUAAAAAUCCGAAAAAAAUACAAAGUGUUACCAAAAUUACUUCAAAGAUUGGAAUAUCAGAGCAAGAUUCAAUAAAAGCAUCGCAAAUACCAUCUACAAGUAGAACAAAUAUUAAACAAAAAGGAAAAAAAAAUUUUCUUUUAGCAAAUAAAUUAAAUAUCAAAAAUAUACAAUCAGCAAAAAUUCAAGAUAAUAAUAAAAGUAAAGAAAUAAAGAAUAAUACGAAAUUUAUUAAUUCUAAAAAACAACCUGAAAUUCGUGCAGCAUCAACAAGUGAAUUAACUAAAUUAAUAGAAGAACUUUCUUUAGCGUCGUCCAAGAAAAUGUCAACUACAUCUACAAAUAUAAAUAGAAAAGACUGCCCGUUACACGGAGAAAAUGUUACGCAAUUUACUGAAGAAAUUCUAUCAAUGGAUAUAGUAGAUGCUCUUGAUAAGUUUGAUAUUCCAAAAGAAAUUUUGAAAGUGCUUAGAAUGUAUCAUUUAUAUGUAAAAUUUGAACAUACGCAGGAAUCUGUAAAUAAUUUGCAACAUCGAACAGCAGCAGCAGGAUUCUUAAAAGAAUUUGAAAAAAUGAAUGAAAAUAAGAAAAAUUAUUCUGAAGAAGAAAAUAAUAUUGUAAGCAUUGCCUUGGAAUCCUUUUCUGUAUUAGGAAAUGUGUAUAAUGGUAUGAUUCACAUAGAAAGAAUUAAGGAACUUGACAAAAGAUUGGAAUCUAUUUAUAAAAUGCAUAAAAUAAAAAAAUUUGAUAUAAGACCUAAUGAAAAUGUAAAACCUCUUGAAACAAGAUUUAAGUAUUCUGAGAUUGCAGGAUGGAUGUCAAAUGGAAUUUGGAAUAAUAUGUGUAUUAAGGAUUUCCAAGGAAUGUCUAAAGUAUGCUGCAUACGUUAUAACGAUGUCGCACAAUUGUCAUCGCUUUAUGAAGUUCUGCAAGAGUUUCAGCAUACAAAAUAUGUUAACACAAUAAUAGAAAUUUUGUUAAAAGAUAUAAUACCUAAAAUGAUGCAUUGUUUUGAGCCAACGGAUGAUAUAUAUUUACAGAUAUAUAAGAUGAUCGAUAUUUUGAGUCAAGGUUUAAAUCCAGAAAAUCCAGUUUUAGUUAGAACAGAAGAAUAGUUUUAU